GGGGCACCGAGCCUCGAGUCAGGAGGACCUCACGUGACGUCUCGGUGGUGGGCGGGUGACUAUCAGGAAACAUGGUGAAAGAUUCUAGCGACAACACCAAGAAUGAGCCAUCAGUUGAUGACACAAUUCUGGACAUCUGGGAACUGGUCAACAAGAUCUUGCAGCAUCAAACUUUGCUGGAAAGCUGGAUGAAAGGUGGAUUUUUAAAUAUUGCCAAAACCAGGUACGUGAUGGGCCAGCACGCGGUGGGCGUGGAACAGUUGCCGGCCGGUGAGUGUCAGGUGAGCGCGCGACUCCUGGUGGAGCGGUGCCCGAGCGACGCCGACCACGUCGACGCCCAGGCGCCGCUGCCGGCCGCCUUCCGGCUGCGUGAGCAGCCCGCCGACGCUGGCGACGUGAGCGGCGGCGAGCCGCUGCGCUGGUUCUCGGCGCUGCCGCCAGGGGCGCUACGCGACGCGCAGAAGCAGUUCCGCCGCGCGCUUGAGAUCAGCUGUGACAUCGCCACCAUGAAGGUACAGCUGGCGGCGCUGAUGGCGCGGCUGGACGGCUGUGGGCCGACCGUGGCCGCCCUCGCCGACGCCGUCGAGUCCAUCUCGGUCAGUUGAGCUCCAGCGGCGGCCUUGUAGGUGCGGUGCAGCCACGCAGCCAGACAGCGUGGGAUACGGGUGGGUGCGGCGUCAGCAGGUGCGGGCUAUUCGUCAGGCAUCCUCGGCGACGUGGCACUGGGGUAUUCCAUUUUGCGCGUUGCUUCGAAUUGUCUUGAGUGCUCCAUGGCCAUGAACGGGUUGUGUAACUCGCCUUGCGCGAGUUUGGUGGCCGUUGUCGCGUCUCGCCGAACUGCGUGGGCCCAUUGUAUGAGCCAUUCGUGGCACUGGCUGCUUGGUCCCAGUCCUCAUCUCGCGCACGGUCCGUAACGGGACCUCUGUCCCAGUCUAGUGUUCAGGACUGGUUCCGGUUGCCGCCCCUGCCCUGGCGUCCUCGUCCCUGGCGUGGUCCCAAUGCGAAUGGUACUCGGCGCGAGGUCAGGUCUCCAUCCUGUUCGCGGUGCUGGUGCGAGUUUGUGGUGUGGUGCCCACGGAGUGCUCGGCCCCCCGGUGCCAGUGCUGGCCGCUGGUCUGGCCCGGUCCUGGUCUAUGACCCGGGUCUGACUCGUGCCAGGCCCGGGUCACGGACUGCCAGCCCAGCCCGGAUCGCGGGCAGGGUGAUGCACCAUGCAGCGCACACAGCGGCCAGGCCCAGACGCGCGUGACUCGUGCACCCCGUUGUAAAUCGUGACGGUUCUAGCUGCGGCUACAGGGCUCCACAGCUGCGUGACUGGACGCGACGUUGGUCAGAAUGGAGCGGCCUAGACCGGUGACGAGCCGCGCCUGGCACGACUCGCAGAGCUUCCGUCGCUUGCUGGGGGGUCGGAGCGGCUGUACAUCGAUUGCCUGGUGCCACAGAGCGUGUGGGUCUCUAACUGCGGGUUGUCUGGCGGCAUUUGGGUAGGUUGUGCCGAUGUAGCGUGUUGUUAUUUAGCGCGCCCUCCUGCGGGGUGUGCCACGUGGAGGCACAUCACCGUGACUGAGCGGAGUAGUCCUACUACGAAUGUACUUCCGCUAGUGGGAUUCUUGCUCACGGCCGGGAAUGAUCAAGACGGCCUGAGGAAGGGUUCGGGGAGUGGUGACGCAUCAUCGAUUGCAACAGGAAUCGUUCCUAUGGACGACUUCUGACCGGCACAUGAAUGUAUGUGUAAGCGUGCGUGUUGCGCGUGUGUGCUGUGUCGACGUAUCUUUCACACUUCUGUAACUAGGGACGCUUUUCAAUACACUGAC